CGACAGAAAUUUAAAAAUCAUAACUAGGUUCGUAUGAUUCUUGUGUAGGAAGACUGGAGGCGAAAAAAAGAAAAAAAGAGAAGUAGAAUCCGUAAUCGAUUCCCCAAUCAACGCACAAUGGACCGCGCAGAUAUUGUUUCAUCAACAAAGUCUACAACCAGCAAUCUGUCGCCGACCGGGCCACCACAGUCGGAAUGUGGAAAGUGGAUUAAGCUGAACGUGGGUGGGGAAAUCUUCACUACCACCCGGUUGACGUUGACGAACCGCGAACCGAAUAGUAUGAUCGCACGCAUGUUCGCCCAGGAUCAGCUGAAACCAUCGGACCAGGAUGCAGAGGGUGCGUACCUGAUCGACCGGAACGGGUACUACUUCCGUCCGAUACUGGACUAUCUGCGACACGGCCGUGUCGUGUGCGACAAGCAAGUGAACCUACUCGGCGUCCUAGAGGAGGCUAUAUACUAUGGGUUGGACGAGAUGGUGAAGCUGAUCCAGGAAAUCCAGCAGGCGGAUGUGUCGUUAACCCGGCUUGACUUUUUACGCACGCUCACCUCAUCGUCGCACACGACCGAGCUGCGGUUUCAGGGCAUCAAUCUGUCCGGCAUAAACCUCUCGAAGCUGGAUCUGCGCAACAUAAACUUUAAGUUCGCGUGCCUGUCGAACUGCAAUUUGUCGAACGCCAACCUAAGUGGCUGCUGUCUCGAACGGGCGGAACUGCGAUUCGCUAAUCUAGAAGGUGCCAAACUGGACUAUGUAACGGCGACCUGUGCCGAUCUGCAGGGUGCAAAGCUGAAAUGUUGCGAUUUGACGCGGUGCAGCCUGGAAAGCGCUAAUUUGAAGGGUGCCACGCUGGAGGGUAGUGUGAUGGAUGGCGUGAGCUUGCGUGUGGCCAAUCUGAAAUCCGCCAACAUGCGUAAUUGUACGCUGAACGAUGCGGACAUGGCCGGGGCAAACUUGGAGUCGUGCGAUCUUACCGGUUGCAACCUGAAGGGCGCAAACUUGCGCGGUGCUAAUCUAAAGGGUGCACAGUUGGAGAAGUUGGUAACGCCAGUGCAUAUGUCACAGAUCGAUAUCUAAUGUUGCAGUCUGCGUAUUUUAAUUUGUACGUUACCAACUAUACCCCGAUAUGCGUGGAAGAUGUUAGGUAGAGUAACAAGGUAACAUAACCUUAUUCGGAAUCUAAUCUCCCAUGCACUGGACUGACGUUUGCGGGAGCAAGACUAGAAGGAAAGACAGGUUUACCUUGAACUGUUAUUUCUUUGUAGACAUAUUUUUAUAUAUGUCUUACGAUAUUAAAUUAGAUGUUUUCCAUGCGUAACGACAGAUAUGCCAUUAACUUAUAACAUUUAAAUGCUUCAGCUAGCAUAUUGUUAAGCAAUAACUAACUGAUAUUGAACAUAUUUUCUUUAAAUUACAAUUUAUUCAACUUUUUGAAGCAGCACAGCCGGACCGAAAGAUAUAGUAUUAUUGUUUGAAUUAUUUAAAAAUAUUUCUGUCAGUACGUAAGGGCGUAACUCGAUUGAUGUAGGUAACGAUGAUCUUUGGCAAAUUAUGAAUAUUGGUUUUUUAUAAGACCGAAUUGUCAUCCAAUAUGUGUCGGAAAAACCAACGUUGUCUGAUGUAACUUAAAAGGUUUACUCGUACACCAGUACGAUAAAGGGCCCGGAAAGCAACAACUACAAACAAUUUGCCAACAUCGUUACAUAGAUCAAUCUUUUCAUGCAAGGGGAUCUGUUGUGCUGCUUAAUUGAAUUGUAUUAGCCGAAUAGCUGUCAAAAGCACAAUUACUUUCGAUUUUUUACGAUUUGUAGCAUAUUUUCUCGAGCAUCUGAAUAAAUUGAGCAAGAUACAGAUGGAAGGCACGGUACAACGACCAAUACAAAGCUCCAGUGAUAGAUAGAUAGGAGGAUGAUAUGUUACGAGAAAAUAAUAUCAUGCGAAGGGUUAGCAUGUGUGCCUAAAAGAAGAAAAUAUGUGUACAAGUUAAGAUUUACUGCAAGUAAUAUGCUUCGGAUUUCCGAGCUAAGAAAGGCCAGUAGCAUCUAUCAAUUAUGGUAGGGUCUAUCAUUGAUUUCGCUUUGAGCUGUGAAAUGGAGACAUUGGAACGGUGGCCUAUAGGAGAAAGGAGAAGAGACGACAAGUGACUAUUAGAAAUGAUUGGAAUAAUUUAGAAAUUACAAUUGCAACUGUAUUAAAUUGAAUCGCAAUUGUAUUAAAUAACUUCCAGCAAAAGAUGCCAAAACGUGAUUUAACACAUAAAACACUUACUGUAAUUGGUUGACUAACCCCGAAGAAUCAUACCAUCAAUAUACUAUUAUAUUUAUUUUGGUGUACAUGAACUUCGUUCGUAUACACUUCUUUGUUCGCCCCAGGGACAAAGCGAAGGGGGAAAAUUAGUCGUAUAAUGCUUUUAUUGGUCGCUUAAGGCGCAAUAAUGAUGCAAAUAUCAAUUUAAUAAAGACCCCGUGGUAAAUAAUAUUAC